UGUCGAACCGUAGAAUAGAAAAACGAGGAAGGAGAAGAAGAAAUUAAUACUGAUCAAUUGGUUAUUUGGUUUGAAGGAUGGAAGAAGAAGGAGGAAGUGGUAGCUUAGGGAAGCUGAGCAAGAAGUUGUCGGAGAAGGCAGUGGAGGUAGACUACAAGACCAAGGCGGGCACAGCUUGGAGCCACUCUUACCUCAACCAGAAGCCCUGGCACCCUCUUUCCUAUCCCAACCAACGUCGCAAAUGGAUCGCAGAGCAGACGGACGCCCAACGCAACCGUCGUGCAGAGGAAAUCUCCAAAGAGUUUGCUCAGGAGCAGGAUUUCUUCCGACAGACCGCUCUCAUCUCCAAGAAAGAAAAGGAGAAGGUGGAGACGAUGAAAGCUGUGAGCUUUAUGUAUGUUCGUCCUCCAGGUUACAAUGCAGAAAGUGCAAAAGCUGCAGAGAUCGCAGAUGAGAGGAAGAGGAUGGAACAUGAUAAUAGCCCUCAAGACUCUACAGCUGGUGCUCCCACUGCAGUGAUCCCAGAAACCAUGCAAGGUAUGGGUCGUUCAAAUGGAGAUAAGAAGAAGCCAAGGCCAAAAGAUGUCUUUGGUCGUGCUUUACCAACAGAAGAAGAAUUUUCAGUCUUAAAAAAUGCUCCACGGCUGGAGACUGGUCUGCCUGCCAGGGUAAAACCAUUUGGCAUUGAAGUUCGUAAUGUGAAAUGCGUGAGAUGUGGGAAUUAUGGUCACCAAAGUGGUGAUCGUGAAUGUCCCUUGAAGGAUGCAAUAAUGCCGAAUGAGGAGAAUCGAUUAAAACGAGAUGAUCCCUUGACAGCAAUCAUGGCUCACAUUGAUCCUACUGAGCCUUUAAAGUGGGAGUUGAAGCAAAAACCAGGUUUAAGUCCUCCUCGAGGUGGAUUCAAGCCAGAUGACCCCAACCAGCAGAUAGUUGCUGAAGACAUAUUUGACGAGUAUGGAGGGUUCCUCAGCAGUGGGAACAUACCGGAGUUGCUCACCAAUUUUUCAGUAAGCAACUCUAGGAGGCAUUCCAGAAAAAAGAGCAAGCUCAAGAGUCGAUCAUCUGUGACAGUUGAUGAUUUCAAGGCUCGUCAUGAGAGCAGAUCAUCAUCAAGUUCCAGCUUGGAUUCUGACAUGGAAAGGAGAUUGAAGAAAAAGAAGAGGAAGAUGAAAGAAAAGAAACAGCAUAGGACCGACAAGCAACAUAAUUAUGCUUUGAGUACAUUAGACACCUCCGACUCUGAUACGCAUCAUAGGAGAAGCAAAUACAGCUGCUCUAGUUCGAGUUUGUCUGAGAGUUCUUACUCUGAUAGGCAUCACAGAAGAACCAAGCGACUCCAUCAUUGCCAUCGUCAUCGUCGUCGUCGUCAUCAUCAUCAUCAUACUGAUUUGACAUCAGGAUCUGAUUAGAGGUGGAUUACUUGGUUAAUCUUACCAUGUUUUUUAUCUUCCAUGGUGUCUUUCUUGCAACCACCAUGACUGGUCAGAAGGUUAAACCUCAUGCUGCCUACUUUCAUCAAGUGGCUUGUCAUGGUUGAUGCAACCCCGGGUCACAAAACCCAUUGGGUCGUUAUGGGGUCACCGAAGUGGACAAGUCCAAAUAUAAGGGAAGAAUGGUAAUUUCAUAAUUUCACAACACAGUUAAAGACCCUUUUAGAAGGAAUAAAGAACU